UAUAGCUCCAUUUUAUCGAUGGCCCGUUUUGAUAUGGUAAUUUUCGGGGCCACGGGCUUCACAGGCCGCAGAGCUGUGCAAGAGGUGGCCCGACUGUCCAAGAAGUAUGGGCCGUUUACAUGGGCCGUUGCUGGACGGUCCGAGACGAAGCUGCAGGAUGUACUUGCUGAGGCUUCUAAAAAGACUGACGAAAACCUAUCGUCAAUAAAGAAGAUCAUAGCAGACGUAGGCGACAUGGCGUCUUUGAAAGAGAUGUGCGGACAGGCGAAGGUGCUGGUGAACUGCUGCGGCCCCUACCGGCUGUACGGCGAGCCGGUGGUACGAGCUACCAUCGACAUGAAGACGCAUUACGUUGAUGUCAGCGGGGAGCCACAGUUCAUGGAAACGAUGCAACUCGAGUACGAUGCGCAGGCGCAAGAGAACGGCGUGUAUAUAAUCAGCGCGUGCGGCUUCGACAGCAUUCCUAAUGACAUGGGGAUAGUUUUUUUGCAACAGAACUUUGAAGGUACCGUGAACUCGGUGGAGUCGUACCUGAGCACGUACAUCCCGCCGGAGCUGCGCGCCGAGGCCGCCAGGACGGGCAUGGUGCACUACGGCACCUGGGAGUCGCUCGUGUACAGCGUUGCGCACAUGAAAGAAUUGGCGCCACUGCGGAAGAAACUGUAUCCUGAACGAAUGCCAACUUUCAAACCUAAACUUCAAUCACGCGGCGUCCUGCACAAGAGGGGCGGCAAGUGGUUCCUGCCGUUCCCGGGCGCCGACGCGUCCGUGGUGUACCGCUCGCAGCGGCGCCGGUUCGAGGCCGGGCAGCGGCCCGCGCAGUUCCGGCCCUACGCGCGCGUGGGCGGGCUGGGCGCGUCGCUGCUGGCCGUCGCCGCGGCGCUGCUGCUGUACCUGCUGGCGCUCUGCGGCCUCAGCAGGAGGCUGCUGCUCGACCACCCCAGGUUCUUCUCGCUGGGGAUAGUCUCGCGCUCGGGCCCCAGCGAGGCCGUGAUGGCCAACUCGCACUUCCGCUUCUCGCUGUUCGCCAGCGGCUGGAGCCGCGGCCGCGACCUGGACGGGAACCAGCCUGACAAGACCCUCGCCGCCGUGGUGAGCGGUGUGAACCCCGGCUACGGCGCCACGGUGACGGGGCUGCUGCUGUCGGCGGUCACGAUACUCAAGGAACUGGACAAGAUGCCUGGCAGUGGCGGAGUAUUAACAACGGCAGUGGCUUUCAAAGACACGGAUCUGAUCAAACGCCUUCAAGAUAAUGAUUUCAAGUUCGAGAUUGUCGCUGAUAAAUAAAAUACGUCUUACAGUAUUUUUCUUGCGCUUACUUACACUUAUUCCAAUAGCAUUUUAAUAUUUUGAGGGAUUUAGAAGCAACUUGUUAUUUAUUAAUUUUGGUGAAAGUUCAUUUAUCAGCAUCGCUCAUUUACUGCAGAGACAAUGGCCAGAUAUAUCUGUCAGUGUUGGGCAAAAUUUAAUUGUUCUGGCAAUUAAAUAUUGACAAUUGAUUAAUUGUCAAUUGCGAAACAGCAAUGAACAAUUGAUCAAUCGUUAAUCGCAAAUAUCU